UCCUCGCAGUUGUAGGCGCUGUUCCAAGGAGCAAAACACAAAUCGAUUGUUUAUUUUGUGUGUGUUUACGUUUUCAAAGUGGAAAUGGCUUCAACUUUAUUAUCACCAAUGGUUGACUAUUACAACGACGAAGAGGACCUGGACAGUGUGGACGAAGACGACGAUCGCAGUUUCAGAGGACGCGAUUCAGAAGAAGACACAGAAGAUGCCAGUGAAACAGACCUCGCGAAGCACGAUGAGGAUGACUUUGUCGAAAUUAAAGAGCAAAUGUACCAGGACAAACUAACCUCCCUGAAAAGACAGUUGCAACAAUUACAAGAAGGUACACUUCAGGAAUAUCAGAAGAGAAUGAAGAAGUUAGAUCAGCAGUACAAGGAACGACUCAGAAAUGCAGACCUAUUUCUUCAACUUGAGACAGAGCAGGUGGAGAGGAAUUACAUAAAGGAAAAAAAGGCGGCUGUGAAGGAGUUUGAUGAUAAAAAGGUUGAACUGAAGGAAAAUUUAAUCGCUGAGCUGGAGGAGAAGAAAAAAAUGAUCGAGAAUGAGAAAUUAACAAUGGAGCUGACAGGCGACUCCAUGGAGGUAAAGCCGAUCAUGACACGUAAAUUGCGGAGACGACCCAAUGAUCCGGUACCAAUACCAGACAAACGGAGGAAACCAGCACCUGCGCAGUUAAAUUAUUUAUUAACAGAUGACCAGAUAAUGGAGGAUCUAAGAACACUGAAUAAGUUAAAGUCACCAAAGCGUCCAAUUUCCCCAUCAUCUCCAGAGCACAUCCCCUCAGCCCCCAUGGACAAUCCUUCCCAGCGGUAUGAAGCCCGUAUUGAAGAAGGCAAACUCUACUACGACAAAAGAUGGUACCACAAGAGCCAGGCCAUCUACCUGGAGUCGAAGGACAACACAAAGAUCAGCUGUGUCAUCAGCUCCGUGGGGACCAAUGAGAUCUGGGUGAGGAAGACGAGUGACAGCACAAAGAUGAGGAUCUACCUGGGACAGCUGCAGAGAGGGGCAUUUGUCAUCCGCCGGCGGUCUGCUGCGUGAAACACCAUCCCGUCUGCUCCUCUGUCCAUCAGCUCCACCUCCUGUCACUUUGUUAAACUUAUCAUGCAGUUUCAGCUGCGGUCUCUAUAUUCUUACAGCGCACUUACAACAAUCUAAAGUAUUUGUCACUGUGUGGCAGAAGUGAGUUCACUGGAGCUCAUUGACUCAGUUGACUGUAUUUUUCGUGCUUAUUUUUCAAAAAUCUUGCAGUGGUCCACUGUUACAGUUUCAUUUCUCCCAAAUAGUCCAUACUAUUCUGUCCAUUUGUACAUUUGACUUUUUGGAAGAAAAGUAUUUUAAGUUGCUUUUUAUAUGAUUUGUGCAGGACAAAGUAGCUUAACUGAAACGGUGAGGAGGAUAAAUGGACCCUGGUUUGUAUAGUGUUGCAUAUAUUAAAAUACUUCUGUCUUUGAUAAACAAGAAUACUGUUUUUAUGAGUCUGACCAUGUACAUUGUUUUGUUUUUUAUCCUGUGCACCAAAAAGAACAGAAUCUAAAAUGA